AUGUUCGCGAAGUUCGUCCCAAUUCUCGCCCUUGUCGCCGUGGCUGCCGCCAGCACCUCCGACUUCACCAGCUUCUCCUACGGGGUCGCUGACCCCUUCACCGGGGACUUCAAACAGCAAGUCGAAUCACGCGCUGGCGACAACGUCAACGGGCAGUACUCCUUGAUCGAACCUGACGGCACCCGUAGAACUGUUGACUACGCUGCUGGCUCUGAGGGUUUCAAUGCUGUCGUCAAGAAAGACCCAGCCGUAAUUGCUGCACCCAUAAUCGCAGCUAAGACCAUCGCCCCUGUCUUCUCUUACCCCUAUGCCCCCUACUUCGCCAAGUUUGGAUACCCCUACGCUUACGCCCGCUAUUAUUGA